CAGGACAUUCAAUUCUCUCUCAUCCUUUUCUGAUGGAGAUUUUGCUCUCAUCAAAGUAAGAGGAGGGAGAAAAUGGAUAGAUUACGUGGGGCACUGGAUUUCUGCAUCCGCCACCAAACUGUUCUGGGUUACAGCACUGUGUCCCUGCUGACAGCUGCCAGUGAGCACAUCUUCUCUUCUGUGGUGUUCAAGUGUCCCUGCAAUUCUGGGAACAUGCUGUAUGGCUCUGUCUUCCUCAUGGUGCCUGCCUUCAUCCUCUUGCUGCUCGGCUACAUGGUGAAUGCCAGGACAUGGCGCCUGUUGACAGGCACCUGCCCUCCGGAGAAGUGCCAUGACUGCAGCCCCAGGGGAACCUGUGCCCGCUACUGCCAGGUGUUGGUGCCAGUGACAGCCAGAGCCUUGGUGGCUCCACUCACCUGGAUAGCCGUGGCCCUGCUCAACGCCAACUUCUACACAUGUGCAGCCAGCGGGAACAGCCUGAUAAAGGAUCUCAUCUGUAAAGAUCAAGGACAAGAGUGCCAAAACCUGCUGUUCAAAAUACCCUGUGAUGAGAAGUUAUCAACAAAUAUAUCAAGUGAACUUCUUAGCCUUCAGGCACAGUCCCAGCUGAUAGGGUGGUUCCUGAUAGCCAUCAUCACGACUGUGGCACUGAUUUCAACAUGUGUCAGCCGCUGUUGCUCCCCGGUCAGCUAUCUUCAGCUCAAGUUCUGGAAAAUUUACUCAAAAGAAGAACAGAAACUCUUUGAGAUCAAAGCCAAGGAGCAUGCAACCAAGCUGGCAGAAAGAAAUACAAAUUGCUUUUUUGAAGGCACUGACCCAGCACCAUUUCAUACUCCCAACAAUGAAGACUGGAAGAAGAUUUCAUUCUUGUAUACAUUCAAUCCACAAGAGCAGUAUUACAGCAUGAUACACAAGUAUGUGAACACAAACAGAGGCAACAGCGCCAGCUUUGAGGAAGGCGGUCAAAAUCUCACUGUUUUAGGAUUUGUUGAUGAAACAGAUGCAAUUGAUUCAGGGUUUUAG